UCGUUUGCACAGGCGUCAGCUUUAAGUGCACUGCUACAUGUGUCAGCAAACACUGAUGCUUCAUCUUCUACAGGGGAUCCAAGCUCUACAGAAACGCCUGUAACUAAAGAAGAGACUACAACAGAAAGUUCUACAUCUCCUGAUGGCACAACGGCCGGUGAUUCUACAGGUACAACAGAAAUGCCUGUAACUACAGAAGAGAUAACAACAGAAAGUUCUACAUCUCCUGAUGGCACAACAGCCAGUGAUUCUACAGAUACAACAGAAACGCCUGUAACUACAGAAGAGAUAACAACAGAAAGUUCUACAUCUCCUGAUGGCACAACACCCAGUGAUUCUACAGGUACAACAGAAAUGCCUGUAACUACAGAAGAGGCUACAACAGAAAGUUCUACAUCUCCUGAUGGCACAACGGCCAGUGAUUCUACAGGUACAACAGAAACGCCUGUAACUACAGAAGAGAUAACAACAGAAAGUUCUACAUCUCCUGAUGGCACAACGGCCGGUGAUUCUACAGGUACAACAGAAACGCCUGUAACUACAGAAGAGGCUACAACAGAAAGUUCUGUAUCUACUGAUGGCACAACGGCCGGUGAUUCUACAGGUGCAACAGAAACGCCUGUAACUACAGAAGAGACUACAACAGAAAGUUCUACAUCUCCUGAUGGCACAACACCCAGUGAUUCUACAGGUACAACAGAAACGCCUGUAACUACAGAAGAGAUAACCACAGAAAGUUCUACAUCUCCUGAUGGCACAACACCCAGUGAUUCUACAGGUACAACAGAAACGCCUGUAACUACAGAAGAGGCUACAACAGAAAGUUCUACAUCUCCUGAUGGCACAACACCCAGUGAUUCUACAGGUACAACAGAAACGCCUGUAACUACAGAAGAGAUAACAACAGAAAGUUCUACAUCUCCUGAUGGCACAACAUCCAGUGAUUCUACAGGUACAACAGAAACGCCUGUAACUACAGAAGAGGCUACAACAGAAACUUCUGUAUCUACUGAUGGCACAACGGCCGGUGAUUCUACAGGUGCAACAGAAACGCCUGUAACUACAGAAGAGAUAACAACAGAAAGUUCUACAUCUCCUGAUGGCACAACACCCAGUGAUUCUACAGGUACAACAGAAACGCCUGUAACUACAGAAGAGAUAACAACAGAAAGUUCUGUAUCUACUGAUAGCACAACGGCCGGUGAUUCUACAGGUACAACAGAAACGCCUGUAACUACAGAAGAGAUAACAACAGAAAGUUCUACAUCUCCUGAUGGCACAACAUCCAGUGAUUCUACAGGUACAACAGAAACGCCUGUAACUACAGAAGAGGCUACAACAGAAACUUCUGUAUCUACUGAUGGCACAACGGCCGGUGAUUCUACAGGUGCAACAGAAACGCCUGUAACUACAGAAGAGACUACAACAGAAAGUUCUACAUCUCCUGAUGGCACAACACCCAGUGAUUCUACAGGUACAACAGAAACGCCUGUAACUACAGAAGAGAUAACAACAGAAAGUUCUGUAUCUACUGAUAGCACAACGGCCGGUGAUUCUACAGGUACAACAGAAACGCCUGUAACUACAGAAGAGAUAACAACAGAAAGUUCUACAUCUCCUGAUGGCACAACGGCCAGUGACUCUACAGGUACAACAGAAACGCCUGUAACUACAGAAGAGAUAACAACAGAAAGUUCUACAUCUCCUGAUGGCACAACACCCAGUGAUUCUACAGGUACAACAGAAACGCCUGUAACUACAGAAGAGAUAACAACAGAAAGUUCUACAUCUCCUGAUGGCACAACACCCAGUGAUUCUACAGGUACAACAGAAACGCCUGUAACUACAGAAGAGAUAACAACAGAAAGUUCUACAUCUCCUGAUGGCACAACACCCAGUGAUUCUACAGGUACAACAGAAACGCCUGUAACUACAGAAGAGAUAACAACAGAAAGUUCUACAUCUCCUGAUGGCACAACACCCAGUGAUUCUACAGGUACAACAGAAACGCCUGUAACUACAGAAGAGAUAACAACAGAAAGUUCUACAUCUCCUGAUGGCACAACACCCAGUGAUUCUACAGGUACAACAGAAACGCCUGUAACUACAGAAGAGAUAACAACAGAAAGUUCUGUAUCUACUGAUGGCACAACGGCCGGUGAUUCUACAAGUACAACAGAAACGCCUGUAACUACAGAAGAGGCUACAACAGAAAGUUCUACAUCUCCUGAUGGCACAACGGCCGGUGAUUCUACAGGUACAACAGAAGUGCCUGUAACUACAGAAGAGAUAACAACAGAAAGUUCUACAUCUCCUGAUGACACAACGGCCGGUGAUUCAACAGGUACAACAGAAAUGCCUGUAACUACAGAAGAGGCUACAACAGAAAGUUCUGUAUCUACUGAUGGCACAACGGCCGGUGAUUCUACAGGUACAACAGAAACGCCUGUAACUACAGAAGAGGCUACAACAGAAAGUUCUACAUCUCCUGAUGGCACAACACCCAGUGAUUCUACAGGUGCAACAGAAACGCCUGUAACUACAGAAGAGACUACAACAGAAAGUUCUACAUCUCCUGAUGGCACAACGGCCAGUGAUUCUACAGGUAAAACAGAAGUGCCUGUAACUACAGAAGAGAUAACAACAGAAAGUUCUACAUCUACUGAUGGCACAACAGCCAGUGAACCUACCGGUACAACAGAAACGUCUGCAACAACAAAAGAGACUACAACAGCGAUUUCUGAUUUUACUACACAAAGUCCUGGCACAACCGAUGUCACAACUGAAAAAGACACAGUGACUACCAUACAUGCAACAACAACAACAAGAUCAACUCAGUCAACCAUCAAAACUACAACCAUCAAACCUAUUCACUGUGAAAAUGGAGGAACUCCACAGCCAGACAACAAGGCUUGUUUGUGUUCACCUUUUUUUACGGGGAAGACCUGCAGUCAUGUGGAAGUUGAAGUUGUCCCAGAUGACAUUGAAAGGCCAGUGAAUGCUGAAAUGGAAGUUAAUCUUCCAUUUAAAGAUGAACAUAAAAACACAUCAUCAACUGAAUAUCGUGAAAUUGUGGAAAAAUUCAACAAAACAGUUCUACCCAAGUAUAAAAAAAUCGAAAACUUUCAGCGUGUGGACAAUAUCAUUCUAAGCCCUGGUAAUCCAUUUACAACAAGGCGAAGAAGAAGCGUGCCUUUGGAGGAAGAAAAAAGUGUGAACAUUAAGCAUGAUGUCAUUCUUCACAUUCAAAAUGACAAUAUAAACAGUGCUUAUGAUGAAGUGGUCAGUGAACUGCAAACGGCUCUUGAAACAUUAAAAAACAGCUCAGAUGAUAGUUUUCCUAUUGCAGAGGUCCAGACAUCAAAGACUGAUUUUAAUAUCAAAGAGGUGUGCGAUAAAGCAUUACAAAAUUUUUCCAAAGAAAUACAAAGACAUUUUACUCCAAUGGAGAUCAAUGGCAAAGUGGCUUGUGUGACUGAAUGCAAUGCAGAUCAUCCUACAACAAAAGAGUGUGGCUCUGAAGGCACUUGUGAAGUAACUAGGGAUGGUGCAACUUGCUACUGCCCCUAUAAUGAUGCUAACUGGUACCUGGGAGAGGAUUGCAGAUUCCAGGUGAACAAAAUUGGAUUCUAUGCUGGACUGGGAACAGUGGCAGCCUUAGCAGUGAUAACUGUCGCAAUCCUAACAGCUUAUCUUGUAAUAAACAAAAAGACUGUGAAGAGGAAUAAGGACAUGAAGCAGGAGCUAGUGAAAGAAUGGUUAGAAGAUGACUUUGAGUGGCCAACCAAAAAAGCACCAUUCCCAGUUGACCGAUAUGAUAAUCCAGUCUACUCACCAAGAGACACACCUAACAGUUUAGUUAAAUAUAAACCAGACAUUUUUGCGGCUCCAUCCUACACGACAAACUACUCGCCUGAACCCGACAUUCAUCUGCGGAACUUUCAGAGAGAUCCAUCUAUGAAAAUGAACAGACCUCAGAUGCGGAAUUCUUUUGAUACCUAAGUGUGAAGCUUGAGUCCAUAACAACACAAACACACUGAAAAAUAAAUGAUUUAAAGCAGAUACCUUGGAUUUACACAUUUUUUAAGUGGUUGUAAACUAUUUAUUUGGGCUGGAUUUAAACAAACAAAUGAAGUUGAACAUUACUCAGUUUCAUUUGUUUGUUUACAUUCAACCCAUAUACAAUGUUUGCAACAGUUUUGCUGACCUCAUUUGUUUUCAGUGGGGCUAUGUGUGGUAUACUCAAUUCAUCUGUUGCUUUUAAAAUUCACAGUCUUGAUGGAUCAAAACUCUGUGAGUCCUAUUUAUAUAUCAUUAAAGUCGGUAGCAGUAGAAUUGUACAUAUUUUCUGUUUCUCAGAUGUGUGACGAACACUGUCUGAACAUGAUGCGUUUGAUCACAUGAUGAAGAGAUGGAGGAAACCUCUGCUUAUCUUCUCUAAACAUUCAGAUCUCUGUCAGAUAUCCUCAUGUUUUAUUAUUGUUGUGAAUAAUGAUACAACAUUAAUAUGAAUCGGUUUGGUAAUUGUGAUGUGAUUAGGUAUGCAAAUGCCUGCUUGAUGUAUGUAUUAAUCAGUCAGUAUUAGAUAAACUGUUUAUCAUUUUACAAGAGGUGCAUUGAGAAGAGACUGUAUUAGGGAAAGUAAGCUUAAUCAGUCCUCAUUUUCCAUCAAAAGCUGCACACCAAUGAAAUAUUAUACUAGCGACUGUAAGAUAUAUAAAAACAUUUGAAGUAUUUCAGGUUAAAAUAAUAAUAUGGUUAAUUACUACUCAAUCAACAUUUUAUUCCUAUAUUUGAUAGCUUGGGGAGUAUGUCUGUUGUGCACUUGUGUAUUUUUAUUUAUUUUUUUAUGGAUUGUGAUGUGUAAAUCUAAAGUUGUUUUACCAUGUACUUUAAUGACAUUUUCUUUAGGGCUACUUUUAACAUUUUGUUUAGGCACUAUAGAUGGAAAAAUAUCCUGGUACAUUUACAUAAUUUUUUUAUUACUGUACAAUGUGCCUGUUAACUAAACAAGAGAAGAAAAUUGCACAUUAACCACAAAUUAUUUAUUGUUAUUAUACAUUUAUUGCACUUUUUUUUUGUAAAUUGACACUUGCUUGUUAAAAUAAAUUACCUAUAUUCUCAAUAA